AUGAGUAAAGUAUUUAUAUCUCGAUCGGAUGCGAGCGUAUCAUGGGGUUUUCGUUUACAAGGCGGUAUCGACUAUAAUGAACCGUUACGUGUAACUAAUGUCGUUCCAAACUCACCAGCCGAUGGUAAAAUUGAUCCUGGUGAUACGUUAUUGGAAAUAGCCGGAAAUAAUGUUGUAAACUUGAGACAUCAAGAUGCUUUGGAAUUAAUUCAACGAUGUUCCAAUGCACUAUUUUUAACCGUACACAAAAUUGGCUACACUUAUCCACCAACAUCGAAUCGACCAGUUGCUGCCGUUUGGAAACCACCGCAACAACAACCACCGCAGCAACAACAAUACCAACAACAACAACCGCAACAACAACAACAAUACCAGCAACAACAACCACAACAACAGCAGUUACAUGGAAAUUAUUAUCCGCACGAUUUCACCAACGUUAGUGGUGGACAAGCACAUCAACCACAGUAUCAACAACAGCCAAAUUUGUAUAAUUCGGCAAGACCUUAUGAUCAAUCGUACAAUUUCAAUAAUUCUUAUCAAAAUGCGAGUGGAGCAUACAAUUUUAAUCCACCACCAAGUAAUCAGUACAAUUUCGGAGGACCAUUACCACAGCAACAGCCGAUGGCAGCUGUACCACCACCUCCUCCUGCGCCUCCGGCACCACCUAUGCCAGUUCAGUCUUCAUAUAUCCCAAUGGCCCCUCCAUUGGAUGCAGCUCUAAUAGCAAGCGCUGCUAGUACAUUGCGAUCUCAACCGACAAGACCACCAAUACUCUCACCACAAACAUCAAUUGAUCAAACUGAUUUAUCAAAUGUACCAGCUGCCUUGAUGAAAAGUUUGAGUAGACCUGGUGGUCCGAAACCAUUCACAUAUACACCAGGUGGUCUAGAUUUAUCCAAAAUUCGUGAAUCAGCAAGAGUUCGCAGACAUCGUGAGUACGAAUCGAAUACUGACAAUCCAGCGCAGCAAGAACAACAGCCUCCGGUCACAAUGAAUCGUCGUAUUGUACCACAAGAGCCAAUGAAUCAUCAUUAUACAGCUCCUGGACCGCCUACUGGAUUUCAACCAUUUAGUUACGCAAGUACACAACAUUCAACGCCACCACCAGGUCCAAAGAAACAAAUUAUUCAUGAUACAGAUGUCAUUACUCAAUCACGCUCAUUUCAAAUGCUUCAAGGAUGGAUAUCAGACAGUGAGAAAACAGUACAGCAAGCAAAUAAGACAACAUCAGCAGUUGCUCGUGCUGUUCAAGAUGAACAAUCUGGUGGACGACGAAGAAGCAGCGGCAGUGGAAAUAGUGUUGCUCCGCCAUCUCGUUCAUUUCGUUAUCUUCAAGAUCAAUACGAUAAUGGACCGGACGGAAUGACAACGACAACGAUUACAACAGAAGAGACCACAAUAGUGAAUGCAUCGAAUGAGCCACAGCAAGGAGCGGGACUUCGUCGAGGAAGUGAUAGUCAUGUACCAUCGAGAUCAUUUCGAUAUUUACAAGAUCAUAUUGAUUCAAAUCAAUUUCAAGCGGGAGCAUCGGUUAAUAAAUCAGUGGUGAAUAACAGAGAUGAUCUCAUGGAAAUUUAUAAUAAACCCCCACCAAGUCAUCGAGAACGUGAAGCAGAAGCUCCAAAGUUCACCGGAUCAACAAUCCCAUCACGUUCAUUUCGAUUCUUACAAAUGAUGACACAAGAGGAUGAAAACAAUGCUAAACAACACCCACAGCCAACAAACAAACCCCAAGUUAAUUUGCAAAAAUAUGAAGUACAAGAACAUCUAGAGAAUAAAUUUGACGGUCAUCCGUCAAGAUCAUUCAAAUAUCUUCAAGAAAUGACAGGAGAGUCAACAAGAAAUGAUACAUCAGGAACGAAUGGAAAUGUAAAAAUGAGAGUUGAAAUCACAGAAUCGACUCCAAUAGUUCAAGUAACAGAAAGUAUUCAAAAAAUGACUGUACAAGCAACAGCAUCAUCUUCAUCACCUACACCACAAUCACAACAACAAACUUCUAUACUUGCCGAUGAUUUUGCUACGGACUUUUAA